AUGUAUAGACAACAACCAAGCAGCAGCAAAUUAACCUCAAUUAUUGGACUAUUCAUUGCGGUCUUUUCAAUCCUUAGCAUGCUUGCUACUUCGCCAAUUUAUGCAGCAGCAACGACAUGUACUGAUUCGUCUGAUUGCACGGUUAGAUCAUGGCUUGCAUCACUGCAGGCAGAGGCAUCAUUAUUGGAUUGUGCUAGUGUGAAAUUGCAAAAAUCCAUCACUGUGUUGAAUGCCACGGCUAAUGCCAACACAACUGACAUGUUAACAAUAAUUAACAAGAGAGUGGUACAACUUAACAAACUCAAGUCAGCAAUUUAUUCGCUAUCACUCGAAAUUCAAGCUAUCAAUUCAACAUGUACCAAGUUUGAUGGACCAGAUUGUAAUCUUACUAAGGCAGCUACUACUACUACUACCACCACAACAACACCAAGUCCAUUCUCCACUGCCGCGUUAUUAAGCAUGGGUGAUAUGGCCAAUUCCACAAUUUUGAACAUGACCCAAGCUGAUAGAUUUGUCAGGGAAAUUGUAAAUGGAACUUCAUCGACUAUUGCAUUAAAAUUGAUUUAUAGGGGAAGUAGAGAUGGCCUGUCAGUGGCUAGCUUCCAUGCCAAAUGUGAUAAUAAGGGAGCUACAGUAACUCUUAUCAAAUCAACUUCAGGAGCUGUGUUUGGAGGUUAUACUUCAUUGAGUUGGCGUUCAGAGGCCUCACUCACUGCUAAUGCAGAUGCUUCUGCCUUUAUGUUUAGCGUCAUUUCUGCGACGAAAGAAGAACGUUUCGUUAAGGUUCUUCAGAAUGCCAACAAGGCCUAUGCCAUGUACAAUUAUGUGACUUAUGGUCCGACUUUUGGAGGAGGACACGACAUGUGUGUAAAAUUUAAUACUUUAAGUUACUUUAAUCCUAACACUUAUGGUUAUGGUAUAAUUACCAAUGAUUACUAUUCGGGUGGACAAUAUUUCACAGAAGCAGAAAUUGAAAUUUACACAAUUCAAUAA